AUGUUACCACCGGUACCACCACCUACCCAGUCUCCCACACUUCUGAAGAAGAAGUCACCACUUCUACUUACACUUCCACCGACUCUGAAGGUAAUGUUACCACCGGUACCACCACCUACCCAGUCUCUCACACUUCUGAAGAAAGAAUUGACUACUUCUACUUACACUUCCAUUGACUCUGAAGGUAAUGUUACCACCGGUACCACCACCUACCCAGUCUCUCACACCAGUGAAGAAGAAGUCACCACUUCUACCUACACUUCCACCGACUCUGAAGGUAAUGUUACCACCGGUACUACUACCUACCCAGUCUCUCACACUUCUGAAGAAGAAUUGACUACUUCUACUUACACUUCCACCGACUCUGAAGGUAAUGUUACCACCGGUACUACUACCUACCCAGUCUCUCACACUUCUGAAGAAGAAGUAACCACUUCUACUUACACUUCCACCGACUCUGAAGGUAAUGUUACCACCGGUACCACCACCUACCCAGUCUCUCACACCAGUGAAGAAGAAGUCAUCACUUCUACUUACACUUCCACCGACUCUGAAGGUAAUGUUACCACCGGUACCACCACCUACCCAGUCUCCCACACCAGUGAAGAAGAAGUCACGACUUCUACCUACACUUCCACCGACUCUGAAGGUAAUGUUACCACCGGUACCACCACCUACCCAGUCUCCCACACCAGUGAAGAAGAAGUCACCACUUCUACUUACACUUCCACCGACUCUGAAGGUAAUGUUACCACCGGUACUACUACCUACCCAGUCUCCCACACCAGUGAAGAAGAAUUGACUACUUCUACCUACACUUCCACUGACUCUGAAGGUAAUGUUACCACCGGUACUACUACCUACCCAGUCUCUCACACUUCUGAAGAAGAAGUCACCACUUCUACUUACACUUCCACCGACUCUGAAGGUAAUGUUACCACCGGUACCACCACCUACCCAGUCUCUCACACCAGUGAAGAAGAAUUGACUACUUCUACUUACACUUCCACCGACUCUGAAGGUAAUGUUACCACCGGUACCACCACCUACCCAGUCUCCGACACCAGUGAAGAAGAAGUCACCACUUCUACCUACACUUCCACCGACUCUGAAGGUAAUGUUACCACCGGUACCACCACCUACCCAGUCUCUCACACUUCUGAAGAAGAAGUCACCACUUCUACUUACACUUCCACCGACUCUGAAGGUAAUGUUACCACCGGUACCACCACCUACCCAGUUUCUCACACCAGUGAAGAAGAAGUCACCACUUCUACUUACACUUCCACCGACUCUGAAGGUAAUGUUACCACCGGUACCACCACCUACCCAGUCUCUCACACUUCUGAAGAAGAAGUCACCACUUCUACUUACACUUCCACCGACUCUGAAGGUAAUGUUACCACCGGUACCACUACCUACCCAGUUUCUCACACCAGUGAAGAAGAAGUCACCACUUCUACUUACACUUCCACCGACUCUGAAGGUAAUGUUACCACCGGUACCACCACCUACCCAGUCUCUCACACUUCUGAAGAAGAAGUCACCACUUCUACUUACACUUCCACCGACUCUGAAGGUAAUGUUACCACCGGUACCACCACCUACCCAGUCUCUCACACCAGUGAAGAAGAAGUCACCACUUCUACUUACACUUCCACCGACUCUGAAGGUAAUGUUACCACCGGUACCACCACCUACCCAGUCUCUCACACCAGUGAAGAAGAAGUCACCACUUCUACUUACACUUCCACCGACUCUGAAGGUAAUGUUACCACCGGUACCACUACCUACCCAGUCUCGCACACCAGUGAAGAAGAAUUGACUACUUCUACUUACACUUCCACCGACUCUGAAGGUAAUGUUACCACCGGUACCACUACCUACCCAGUCUCCCACACCACUGAAGAAGAAUUGACUACUUCUACUUACACUUCCACCGACUCUGAAGGUAAUGUUACCACCGGUACCACUACCUACCCAGUUUCCCACACCAGUGAAGAAGAAUUGACCACUUCUACUUACACUUCCACCGACUCUGAAGGUAAUGUUACCACCGGUACCACUACCUACCCAGUUUCCCACACCACUGAAGAAGAAUUGACUACUUCUACUUACACUUCCACCGACUCUGAAGGUAAUGUUACCACCGGUACCACUACCUACCCAGUCUCCCACACCAGUGAAGAAGAAUUGACUACUUCUACUUACACUUCCACCGACUCUGAAGGUAAUGUUACCACCGGUACCACUACCUACCCAGUCUCCCACACCAGUGAAGAAGAAUUGACUACUUCUACUUACACUUCCACCGACUCUGAAGGUAAUGUUACCACCGGUACCACUACCUACCCAGUCUCCCACACCACUGAAGAAGAAUUGACUACUUCUACUUACACUUCCACCGACUCUGAAGGUAAUGUUACCACCGGUACCACUACCUACCCAGUCUCUCACACCACUGAAGAAGAAUUGACUACUUCUACUUACACUUCCACCGACUCUGAAGGUAAUGUUACCACCGGUACCACUACCUACCCAGUCUCUCACACCAGUGAAGAAGAAUUGACUACUUCUACUUACACUUCCACCGACUCUGAAGGUAAUGUUACCACCGGUACCACUACCUACCCAGUCUCUCACACCAGUGAAGAAGAAUUGACUACUUCUACUUACACUUCCACCGACUCUGAAGGUAAUGUUACCACCGGUACCACUACCUACCCAGUCUCUCACACCAGUGAAGAAGAAUUGACUACUUCUACUUACACUUCCACCGACUCUGAAGGUAAUGUUACCACCGGUACCACUACCUACCCAGUCUCUCACACCAGUGAAGAAGAAGUCACCACUUCUACUUACACUUCCACCGACUCUGAAGGUAAUGUUACCACCGGUACCACUACCUACCCAGUCUCUCACACCAGUGAAGAAGAAUUGACUACUUCUACUUACACUUCCACCGACUCUGAAGGUAAUGUUACCACCGGUACCACUACCUACCCAGUCUCUCACACCAGUGAAGAAGAAUUGACUACUUCUACUUACACUUCCACCGACUCUGAAGGUAAUGUUACCACCGGUACCACUACCUACCCAGUCUCUCACACCAGUGAAGAAGAAUUGACUACUUCUACUUACACUUCCACCGACUCUGAAGGUAAUGUUACCACCGCUACCACUACCUACCCAGUCUCUCACACCAGUGAAGAAGAAUUGACUACUUCUACUUACACUUCCACUGACUCUGAAGGUAAUGUUACCACUGGUACCACUACCUACCCAGUCUCUCACACCAGUGAAGAAGAAGUCACCACUUCUACUUACACUUCCACCGACUCUGAAGGUAAUGUUACCACCGGUACCACUACCUACCCAGUCUCUCACACCAGUGAAGAAGAAGUCACCACUUCUACUUACACUUCCACCGACUCUGAAGGUAAUGUUACCACCGGUACCACUACCUACCCAGUCUCUCACACCAGUGAAGAAGAAUUGACUACUUCUACUUACACUUCCACCGACUCUGAAGGUAAUGUUACCACCGGUACCACUACCUACCCAGUCUCUCACACUUCUGAAGAAGAAGUCACCACUUCUACUUACACUUCCACCGACUCUGAAGGUAAUGUUACCACCGGUACCACUACCUACCCAGUCUCUCACACCAGUGAAGAAGAAGUCACCACUUCUACUUACACUUCCACCGACUCUGAAGGUAAUGUUACCACCGGUACCACUACCUACCCAGUCUCUCACACCAGUGAAGAAGAAUUGACUACUUCUACUUACACUUCCACCGACUCUGAAGGCAAUGUUACCACCGGUACCACUACCUACCCAGUCUCUCACACCAGUGAAGAAGAAUUGACUACUUCUACUUACAUUUCCACCGACUCUGAAGGUAAUGUUACCACCGGUACCACUACCUACCCAGUCUCUCACACCAGUGAAGAAGAAGUCACCACUUCUACUUACACUUCCACCGACUCUGAAGGUAAUGUUACCACCGGUACCACUACCUACCCAGUCUCUCACACCAGUGAAGAAGAAUUGACUACUUCUACUUACACUUCCACCGACUCUGAAGGUAAUGUUACCACCGGUACCACUACCUACCCAGUCUCUCACACCAGUGAAGAUGAAGUCAGUAUUUCUUCUGGUAUUAUGAAUUCUAAUUGUAUUUCUUUUACAUCUUUAGAAUCGAAGUUAGUUUCUAUUAAUGCGGAUGCCACUGCAACAACAAGAACUUCAUCUUCAAUUAAAUCAUUUACUACAACUGAAAUUUCUACAAUUACUUCUACUUACACUUCCACCGACUCUGAAGGCAAUGUUACCACCGGUACCACUACCUACCCAGUCUCUCACACCAGUGAAGAAGAAGUCACCACUUCUACUUACACUUCCACCGACUCUGAAGGUAAUGUUACCACCGGUACCACUACCUACCCAGUCUCUCACACCAGUGAAGAAGAAUUGACUACUUCUACUUACACUUCCACCGACUCUGAAGGUAAUGUUACCACUGGUACCACUACCUACCCAGUCUCUCACACCAGUGAAGAAGAAGUCACCACUUCUACUUACACUUCCACCGACUCUGAAGGUAAUGUUACCACCGGUACCACUACCUACCCAGUCUCUCACACCAGUGAAGAAGAAUUGACUACUUCUACUUACACUUCCACCGACUCUGAAGGUAAUGUUACCACCGGUACCACUACCUACCCAGUCUCUCACACUUCUGAAGAAGAAGUCACCACUUCUACUUACACUUCCACCGACUCUGAAGGUAAUGUUACCACCGGUACCACUACCUACCCAGUCUCUCACACUUCUGAAGAAGAAGUCACCACUUCUACUUACACUUCCACCGACUCUGAAGGUAAUGUUACCACCGGUACCACUACCUACCCAGUCUCUCACACCAGUGAAGAAGAAUUGACUACUUCUACUUACACUUCCACCGACUCUGAAGGUAAUGUUACCACCGGUACCACUACCUACCCAGUCUCUCACACCAGUGAAGAAGAAGUCACCACUUCUACUUACACUUCCACCGACUCUGAAGGUAAUGUUACCACCGGUACCACUACCUACCCAGUCUCUCACACUUCUGAAGAAGAAGUCACCACUUCUACUUACACUUCCACCGACUCUGAAGGUAAUGUUACCACCGGUACCACUACCUACCCAGUCUCUCACACCAGUGAAGAAGAAUUGACUACUUCUACUUACACUUCCACCGACUCUGAAGGUAAUGUUACCACUGGUACCACUACCUACCCAGUCUCUCACACCAGUGAAGAAGAAGUCACCACUUCUACUUACACUUCCACCGACUCUGAAGGUAAUGUUACCACUGGUACCACUACCUACCCAGUCUCUCACACCAGUGAAGAAGAAGUGACUACUUCUACUUACACUUCUACCGACUCUGAAGGCAAUGUUACCACCGGUACCACUACCUACCCAGUCUCUCACACCAGUGAAGAAGAAGUCACCACUUCUACUUACACUUCCACCGACUCUGAAGGUAAUGUUACCACCGGUACCACUACCUACCCAGUCUCUCACACCAGUGAAGAAGAAUUGACUACUUCUACUUACACUUCCACUGACUCUGAAGGUAAUGUUACCACCGGUACCACUACCUACCCAGUCUCUCACACCAGUGAAGAAGAAGUCACCACUUCUACUUACACUUCCACCGACUCUGAAGGUAAUGUUACCACCGGUACCACUACCUACCCAGUCUCUCACACCAGUGAAGAAGAAUUGACUACUUCUACUUACACUUCCACUGACUCUGAAGGUAAUGUUACCACCGGUACCACUACCUACCCAGUCUCUCACACCAGUGAAGAAGAAGUCACCACUUCUACUUACACUUCCACCGACUCUGAAGGUAAUGUUACCACUGGUACCACUACCUACCCAGUCUCUCACACUUCUGAAGAAGAAGUCACCACUUCUACUUACACUUCCACCGACUCUGAAGGUAAUGUUACAACCGGUACCACUACCUACCCAGUCUCUCACACCAGUGAAGAAGAAGUCACCACUUCUACUUACACUUCCACCGACUCUGAAGGUAAUGUUACCACCGGUACCACUACCUACCCAGUCUCUCACACCAGUGAAGAAGAAUUGACUACUUCUACUUACACUUCCACUGACUCUGAAGGUAAUGUUACCACCGGUACCACUACCUACCCAGUCUCUCACACCAGUGAAGAAGAAUUGACUACUUCUACUUACACUUCCACUGACUCUGAAGGUAAUGUUACCACUGGUACCACUACCUACCCAGUCUCUCACACUUCUGAAGAAGAAGUCACCACUUCUACUUACACUUCCACCGACUCUGAAGGUAAUGUUACCACCGGUACCACUACCUACCCAGUCUCUCACACCAGUGAAGAAGAAUUGACUACUUCUACUUACACUUCCACUGACUCUGAAGGUAAUGUUACCACCGGUACCACUACCUACCCAGUCUCUCACACCAGUGAAGAAGAAUUGACUACUUCUACUUACACUUCCACCGACUCUGAAGGUAAUGUUACCACCGGUACCACUACCUACCCAGUCUCUCACACUUCUGAAGAAGAAGUCACCACUUCUACUUACACUUCCACCGACUCUGAAGGUAAUGUUACCACCGGUACCACUACCUACCCAGUCUCUCACACCAGUGAAGAAGAAUUGACUACUUCUACUUACACUUCCACUGACUCUGAAGGUAAUGUUACCACCGGUACCACUACCUACCCAGUCUCUCACACCAGUGAAGAAGAAUUGACUACUUCUACUUACACUUCCACCGACUCUGAAGGUAAUGUUACCACUGGUACCACUACCUACCCAGUCUCUCACACCAGUGAAGAAGAAGUCACCACUUCUACUUACACUUCCACCGACUCUGAAGGUAAUGUUACCACUGGUACCACUACCUACCCAGUCUCUCACACCAGUGAAGAAGAAGUGACUACUUCUACUUACACUUCUACCGACUCUGAAGGCAAUGUUACCACCGGUACCACUACCUACCCAGUCUCUCACACCAGUGAAGAAGAAGUCACCACUUCUACUUACACUUCCACCGACUCUGAAGGUAAUGUUACCACCGGUACCACUACCUACCCAGUCUCUCACACCAGUGAAGAAGAAUUGACUACUUCUACUUACACUUCCACUGACUCUGAAGGUAAUGUUACCACCGGUACCACUACCUACCCAGUCUCUCACACCAGUGAAGAAGAAGUCACCACUUCUACUUACACUUCCACCGACUCUGAAGGUAAUGUUACCACUGGUACCACUACCUACCCAGUCUCUCACACUUCUGAAGAAGAAGUCACCACUUCUACUUACACUUCCACCGACUCUGAAGGUAAUGUACAACCGGUACUACUACCUACCCAGUCUCUCACACCAGUGAAGAAGAAGUCACCACUUCUACUUACACUUCCACCGACUCUGAAGGUAAUGUUACCACCGGUACUACUACCUACCCAGUCUCUCACACCAGUGAAGAAGAAUUGGCUACUUCUACCUACACUUCCACUGACUCUGAAGGUAAUGUUACCACCGGUACCACCACCUACCCAGUCUCUCACACUUCUGAAGAAGAAGUCACCACUUCUACUUACACUUCCACCGACUCUGAAGGUAAUGUUACCACCGGUACCACUACCUACCCAGUCUCUCACACUUCUGAAGAAGAAGUCACCACUUCUACCUACACUUCCACUGACUCUGAAGGUAAUGUUACCACCGGUACCACCACCUACCCAGUCUCUCACACUUCUGAAGAAGAAGUCACCACUUCUACUUACACUUCCACCGACUCUGAAGGUAAUGUUACCACCGGUACCACCACCUACCCAGUCUCUCACACUUCUGAAGAAGAAUUGA